ACUUCCUCCAGUUGUGCUUCUUUCUUCUGGCGCCGCCAGUGGCCCGCGGUGCGCGUUCGAAUCCGUUUCAGACACGGUGCUGCUACUUCGUUUGGUCCGUGCGUGCGCGCGCAGAUGUGGGCCCCGCGGGAACAGCUUCUGGGCUCGGCUACUGAAGGUUCCAGCGAUUCUUCUGCCUCAACCUCCCAAGUGGCUGGAAUUACAGCUCUGCCUGCCAAGGAUUCUGCCUGGCCUUGGGAAGGGAAGCCUAGAUAUCUGGGACCAGUGACUUUCGAGGAUGUGGCUGUGCUUUUCACUGAGGCAGAGUGGAAGAGACUGAACCUUGAGCAGAGGAACCUAUUCAAAGAAGUGAUGCUGGAAAAUCUCAGGAAUCUGGUCUCGUUGGCAGAAUCAAAGCCAGAAGUCCACACCUGCCCUUCUUGCCCUCUGGCCUUUGGCAGUCAGCAAUUCCUCAGCCAAGAUGAGCUACACAAUCAUCCUAUUCCAGGUUUCCAUGCAGGAAAUCAACUCCACCCAGGAAACCCCUGCCCAGGGGAUCAGCCACAGCCACAAUGUCCUUCUGAUAAAAAUCACAGGGGGGCUGAAGCAGAAGAUCACCGAGUGGAAGGAGGCGUCGGACCCUUGUUUUGGAGUACAAAUGAGAGGGGGACUUUAGUGGGUUUCUCUAGCCUGUUCCAGAGACCACCAAUAAGCUCUCAGGGAGGCAACAGAAUAUUAGAGAUACAGCUCAGUCCAGCUCAGAAUACAAGCUCUGAGGAAGUAGACAGAAUUUCCAAGAGGGCAGAAACCCCAGGGUUUGGAGCAGUCCGGUUUGGAGAGUGUGCAGUAGCUUUUAACCAGAAGUCAAACCUGUUCAGACAGAAGGCAGUCACAGCAGAAAAAUCUUCAGAUAAAAGGCAGUCACAGGUGUGCAGGGAGUGUGGGCGCGGCUUUAGCAGGAAGUCACAGCUCAUCAUACACCAGAGGGCACACACAGGAGAAAAGCCUUAUGUCUGCGGAGAGUGUGGGCGAGGCUUUAUAGUUGAGUCAGUCCUCCGCAACCACCUGAGUACACACUCUGGGGAGAAACCUUAUGUGUGCAGCCAGUGUGGGCGAGGGUUUAGCUGCAAGCCAUACCUCAUCAGACAUCAGAGGACACACACAAGGGAGAAGUCAUUUAUGUGCACAGUGUGUGGGCGAGGCUUUCGUGAAAAGUCAGAACUCAUUAAGCACCAGAGAAUUCACACAGGGGAUAAGCCUUACGUGUGCAGGGACUGUGGCCGAGGCUUUGUAAGGAGAUCAUGUCUCAACACACACCAGAGGAUACAUUCAGAUGAGAAGCCUUUUGUUUGCAGAGAGUGUGGGCGAGGCUUUCGUGCUAAAUCGACUCUCCUCCUACACCAGUGGACACAUUCAGAGGUGAAGCCUCAUGUGUGUGAGGAGUGUGGGCAUGGAUUUAGCCAGAAGUCGACGCUCAAAUCACAUCGGAGAACACACUCAGGGGAGAAGCCUUAUGUGUGUGGGGAAUGUGGGCGGGGAUUUAGCCGGAGGAUAUUCCUCAGUGGACACUGGAGGACACACACGGGAGAGAAGCCUUACACGUGCUUUGAGUGUGGGCGAAACUUUAGCCUCAAGUCCGCUCUUAGUGUACAUCAGAGGACACACUCUGGGGAGAAGCCUUAUGCGUGCGCGGAGUGUGGGCGCGGCUUUAUCAUGAAAUCACAGCUCAUCAGACACCAGAGGACACACACAGGAGAAAAGCCUUAUGUCUGCGGAGAGUGUGGGCGAGGCUUUAUAGCUCAGUCAACCCUCCACUACCACCGGAGUACACACUCCGGGGAGAAACCUUAUGUGUGCAGCCAGUGUGGGCGAGGCUUUCGUGAUAAAUCAACUCUCCUCGCACAUGAGCAGACACAUUCAGGGGAGAAGCCUUAUGUGUGUGGGGAAUGUGGGCGGGGAUUUGGCCGGAAGAUACUCCUCAACAGACACUGGAGAACACACACAGGAGAGAAGCCUUACGCGUGCAUGGAGUGUGGGCGAAACUUUAGCCACAAGUCCACUCUCAGCUUACAUCAGAGGAUACACUCGGGGGAGAAGCCUUAUGCUUGCACGGAGUGUGGGCGAGGCUUUAGGAGGAAGUCACAGCUCAACAUACACCAGAAGACACAUUUGGGGAAAAGCUUUAGAGGUGCAAGGAGUGAGGAUGUGAUUUUCGCAAGUCAGCCAUCAGCCACACCAGCAGAAAUGCUCAGGGAGAAGCCUUGUUUGUAAGGUAAUGUGGACAGAGUUGUACGUGGACAUCAUUCCUUGUCAUAUGUCAGAGGACACACUCGGGAGAAGCCGCCUUCAUGGAGUGAGAGUAAAAUGUUGGCUGGAAGUGGCCCCUUAAGAGAUACUGGGAGUCAAAUCUAUCCACGGUACACCCACCCCACUCUCGUUCUAAGGGCUUCAGGGACAGUCUUCUGACCGCUUACAUUCCUGCAGAUGUGAAGAUGGCAGAGAUCUAACUUCUGAGGGCAGAGCUGUCAAGUGACAGUCCCCUUAGAGGAAUGGUCUUUGCAUCUGACUACUUCCUCCUGCAACUGUGUUCUUCCAUUGGCUUCUAUGACACUCUCCUGCUUUAUUUUUUUCUACAUCUCUAGCCUUUGCUGUGUCCUCUCCUAUCCCACCUUUAGAUUUUACUCAGAGUUCAGUUUCCAACUCUACAAUCUGAGGGACUCCUUAACCAGGUCCCCUUCCUAACCCUCCAGGCCCAAACCCAAGAUUCUUUAGCCAUACUCUAAAAGUUCUUCAGACUCAGGACUUAAACAUCAUAGCCUCACCACCUUGGCCUUCAAUGACAGGGAUCUAGCAAUGCCACAUCAUUGACCUUCCAAUACCAGGUUUAAGAGUUUUUAAACACAGCUCCUCUUAAAUCAUCCAAUCUCAGUACCCAGUGUUUUAGCCAUGCUCGGGUGGCUAAAUUACACCCAGGAAUAGUGCUAGGGCCUUUAGCCAUUUGUCUCUCCUCACACUCCCAGGGCCCAUAUGGCCCAGGUUCUGACAGUUUACCUUACUCCCUUGGCCUGGGGCUGGCCCUAGCUGACACCCUAUGUCAAUGAGUGUACCUUGGAGAGCUGUCCACUCAGGCCCCAGUGCCUUUAUUUGCUAAGAGACUGCCACAGAAAAGAAGGGGAGAGAUAUUUGUGUAACCUCAAAAUACUUAGGCUUGGUUUUGAUGCUGGAGAGGAAGAAGGACUUGGAGAGAGAGAAGGAAUGGCUGAUCCAGAGGCUUUUGUCCACUCCCUCUCACUGGAAGUGGUUGAUCUCCAGGGAAUCCCCAAGGUUAGCCUGGUUAGGGGAAGGGCUAGGGGUACCUGGAAUGUAGGAUCUCCCCACUGCCUGGCCUACCACCCUAAUGCUGCCCAUUUCCCAUGGCCUGAGCUAAAAGCCACAGAAAGUGCGUAUGUGUGUGUGUAGGGGUUGCUGUGCAGGGGAAGGGUGGGACACCAUCAUUCCACAAGACCUCGAAGUUACUUCUCCCAUAGAAAAACAAAAGUGGAAAAAUUAAUGAUCAAACAACUACUUUAAAUAUGAGGGGGAGAAAAAAGUGUUCAUUUUCUAUUAAAAUCCAUGUAGGCACUGUAGAGACACCGCACAGGUCUGGUCCGGCAAGAGGACUGUCAGGUCCAGGCAGUCACAGGAAGAGAUUGUAAGAUGCAAUAAGUCUUUCUGAAUUUCUCUUCAAAGGAUUUAGCCUGUUAACUUCCUUAUCCUUGUUCUCAAACUCAACUUUCUUGUUCUUCCUUGCCUGUAGUUACCGUAAACAGCCUACCCCCUUCCCAUCAGCUCUAGUCAAUAACUCACAUCUGUUCCCUUGGUUACCUGUACCCAUUGUUCCUCUGAAACUACACACUACACCUCUGUACCUCAUGUCCCCCUCCCCUUCUAUAUUUAGGAAAAUAUGUACAAGUGGCCAAUUGGGUCAGCUCAGAUUGUGCAGUCCAACCCCAGCCCAUGGGGGGAGUGACACAGAGAUAGGGACUGUGUUAAGGAUAAAAAAAAAAAACCCUGGUCUCUCUGUGUGCUCGUGUGAUCUUAAUUGACACAGGUGGCACCCUUCUGUAGAAGUAAAUUACCUUGCUGAGAGAAUUAAACUUUUGCCUAAGUGCUGGUUUUA